UUCCCCAGCAGGGCUGCGGGCUCGGCCUAGCGGCGGCGGCGCCCGGAGACCGGAGCGGGGGAAGGGGCAGCGGCGCCCCCCGCCGCCCCGCGCCCGCCCGCCCUCCCUCCCGCCGGCGCCGGGCGGGGGCUGCCCCGGCCCCCCGCGGCGGAGGAUGGCCGAGGACUCGCCCAAGCGGCGCAAGGCGAAUUUCAACGAGGCGGAGACGGAGGUGCUGAUCGAGCAGGUGCUGAAGCACGAGCAGCUGCUCUUCGCGGCGGGGCCGGGCCGCGCCUCCCCGGGCCAGAAGCGGAAGGUGUGGGAGCUGAUCCGGCACAAGGUGAACCCGGUGGCCGCUUGCCCCCGCGAUGUGGAAGACCUGAAGAAGCGCUGGCGGGACCUGAAGCGCCGCGACCGCAGCAAGCUCUGCCGGCUCUCGCAGGGCUGCGGGCCGCCGGGCCCCGCCGCCGCCCUCGGCCUCCUGCUGGCCCCCGAGGCGAUGCCGCCCGCCGCGCCGCCCGCCCGCCGCCACCUCCGCCGCCGCCGCGCCUACGGCUCCCUGCUGCCCGCCGAGGCCGUGCCCAUCGUGGGCGGCAUCGACACGCUGGAGCUGCCCGGCGCCGUCGUGGGGGAGAUGGGCUUUAAUGACAAUCCUGGCCCAUCUCAUCAAUGCAGUAUUGAGAAGAUGAACUUUAAAGAAGAGAUAGUAGUGAAGGUGGUAGAGACAGAAGAAAGCUCUGAGGACAUGGCCGUGGUUCCACCUAGCCAAGAACAGCUGCCUUUUCUGGGGACAUCAGGGAGUGGUUCCUCUGGGAAAGUAAAAGCCAAAACAAAAGGCAGGUCCCAGGCACACCAAAAUGAAAUAACUGAAGAGGAUCUAAUGCAGAUUCAGCAGACCCAGAUGCAGGUGAUCCAGUCCGGCUUUGACAGUGUCAACCACAAUCUUCGGCUGCUGCAGCAAGGCAUGCAAGAUCUGAGCAACAGCCUCAGCCUCAUGGCACAUACACUCGUUGCCAUAAAAAAUGUCUAUGUGAAAAACCACACUGGCCCGACCACAUAUGCUACUGCCUCUACUCAGACCACAGCUGGGUACCUGAGCCCAGGUUCCCCCCAGGCCUCCCCCACUGAGGACAGAGGUAGAGCACAGGUGGCUGGAAGCAGCAGCAGAAGCAGCAGCUGCAGCUCCAGCUCCAUGUCACAAGAACCAGGUCCUUCCGAGUUUUCUAGGCCUCCCCUGAGAACCAUUAAGAAAGAACACCCAAAUGGCUGCUACUACUUCUGCUUUGCAGAUGUGUAAAAACUUGAAUAUAUGUAAAGUGACUGUGGUGUUAGGUGCUGUUGAAUGUCCUGCUCCAGUGUGUGACUUCGAAGGAGCAAAGUGGACUUGCCUCCCAGGUCUUUCCCAGUGGGAAACAUUUCGCUAUAGGUGGCAUUAAACACUAAUUACCAGUCUUCUGUUUCUUAACUCCGUGGUGGUUGGCUCAUUUUCUUCUGUCCUCUUUUAUCUUCUUGCUCUCUUAAAAAACCAACCAACCAAACAUAAAACCAGAUUUAUUUUGACUAA